UGUAGGGAUCAGAGUAAACCUUGACACGAGAGAAAGCUGGCGAAACUAACAAGGAUGGUUUACUUAGAUGUCAAAGCUUUUCAAGAUGUUGACCUGAAAACUUACUCCUGGUUCUGAAAUUAACCGUUUUUUACCUUGAUGUGGGUACUCUGUUGGGUGUUUAAAAGGAAAUCAAGGUGUUUGAGCCACAAAGGUAAUAAUUCAACUAGGUCCCAUCUAAUUGAAUGCCAAUCCAUGUCAAAGACCGAGAAAAGGGGAGCUUACAGAACCUAAACAGAGACAUCUUCUGUUGCGUCUCUCCCUCUUAUAAAUCAGACCCCAAGCCAAGAGAGCAGAUUUUGUGGAUCAUCAUGUUCAUAUCGCCAUGCUGUGAUAAGGAUGGUUUAAAGAAAGGUCCCUGGACACCAGAAGAGGAUCAGAAACUCUUGGCUUACAUUGAAGAACAUGGCCAUGGAAGCUGGCGCUCUUUGCCUGAGAAAGCCGGUCUCCAAAGAUGUGGAAAGAGUUGCAGACUCAGAUGGACUAAUUACCUAAGACCUGACAUCAAGAGAGGCAAGUUCAGUGUACAAGAAGAACAAACCAUCAUUCAACUCCACGCUCUCCUCGGAAACAGAUGGUCAGCGAUUGCAACUCACUUACCGAAAAGGACAGACAACGAGAUCAAGAACUACUGGAACACACACUUGAAGAAACGUCUGGUCAAAAUGGGGAUAGAUCCAGUGACACACAAGCACAAAAACGAGACUCUCUUGUCUUCCACAGGUCAAUCUAAUAAGAACUUAGCCACGCUUAGCCACAUGGCACAAUGGGAGAGUGCUCGGCUCGAAGCUGAAGCAAGGCUAGCUAGAGAAUCAAAGCUUCUCCAUUUACAGCAUUACCAAAACAAGAAAGCAGCAGCUCCUAGUCUUUGCUUGACUCACAAGGCAUCAACAAAUUGGACAAAACCAAACGAAGGAAUGGGAGAUCAUCAACUGCUUGAGUCUCCGACAUCGACGGUGACAUUCUCCGAGAAUCUCCCUCCCAUGAUCAUGCAUUUAGGUAUCCCUACGGGAAAUAGAAACAGCAGAGUCGCCGUCUCUUCCGAACACGACGACUGGAUGAGACAAAUCAACUGUCCAGAAGAAGGAAUCGAAGAGGGAUUCACGAGCCUCUUACUCAGUGAUUCAGUUGAUCGGAGUCUCUCCGCCGGUAAAAACGCGGUCGAGGUCAAUGAGAGUGAAUAUAGCUACUAUGAGGAUAACAAGAACUACUGGAAUACCAUUCUCAACUUGGUGGAUUCCUCACCGUCCGACGAUGUUCUGAUCUAAGGCUCCCCACCAGUAAUUCCGCCAAAUUUUUUAAAAAUUCUCAUAUUGUUGUUAUGUUGAUAGCUUCCAAAACUGUUUCUACUUUCUUUACUUUAUUUAUAUAUGAUGAUGAUUAUAUCAUGGUCUUAUGAUGAAAAACUUCAUGAAAAUGACCAUUUGGCAAUAUAUGUGAU